AUGGUCAAGGAGGAGCAUGAGGUGUCUGUGAUGGGGCCACCCUACAAUACUGCACCCAUGGCGUCCACUGUGAUCAAUAUCCGCAGUGAGACCGCUGUGCCUGACCAUAUCGUCUGGUCCCUGUUCAACACGCUAUUCCUGAACUGCUGUUGCCUGGGAUUCGUAGCCUUCGCCUACUCUGUGAAGUCUAGGGACCGGAAGAUGGUGGGCGAUGUGAUUGGGGCCCAGAGCUACGCCUCCACUGCCAAGUGCCUGAACAUCUUCUCCCUGAUCUUCAGUCUUCUACUGACCACUGGCUUAAUCAUUCUUCUUGCUACUGGCACCGUGAUAAGCUUGCAAGCCAUUUCACAGAUGAUGAAGAAUUGA